AUAAAAGCAAAAAGCUUAAAAACAUUCACUCCUCCCUUCAUCGUCACCACCCCACCAGAAUCCACACUCGCGUGACCGACCCACAAUCUCCGACGCGGCGGAGACGUUCGGCAUCAUCAGUGGCGGCAGUAAAUGGUAAACAUCGCGUUAUCAAUGUCAAGGACUGACAUUAUCACACACACACACACACACAAGCGCAUACGUGCGCACGUACACAACAUCAUAACAGAAGCGAAGUUAUUGAUUAUUUUCGGCCAGUGUCAACUCUUGAAAUUUGCGUUUCGUCCCCCAUAUUGUUUUGUUGAUUUUUUUUUUGUUUUUUUUUUUUUUUUUUUUUUUUUUUUUUUUUUUUAAUCCGUCUAGUUUUUUUCUCUUACCACUCCGAAAAUAUUUCGAUUCGUCGAAACGAGUGAACAACGUUCGCGGGGGGGCCGACCGUCUGCGUUUUCCGUUUGCACGGUCGGAGGAAUGACGACGACGACAAGGCGACAACAGUGUCGAUGAUGCCGACGAUGGUACGCGACUAGUACGAUAUUCGUGACUCGACGGCGUUCCGUGGGCCCACAGUAGUUGUGCCACUCAUCAACGUACACGUUCGAGACAGAAGCGGAGCGCCGCCGUGUUAGAAUGGAGACAAUUAACGGAACAGCAUGAUUUGAAUCUCAUCUCUGGACUUAGAUAUUUUUUCCUAUUAGAGCACCUCUAUUGUAUGGUAUUAAAUUGUUGAUAACUCAGAAACUAAGAAAUAUCUCACUCUAUUAUGUUGCCCAAUACGAUUGCUGUAUCAUCUACUUUGCCUAGAAUAAAAAAUAAGACAUACAAUGAAAACAAUGAAAAUAUUUCAUAUUCAAAGUCAGUAGAUUUUCAAAAAGAUCGUAAAAGUUGGCCUUUGGCACAGGUAAUGGAAUGUGUUGAUCUUGAAACUGUAUCACACAUUUCACCUUUGGGAUCUGAAAAUGAAACUAAUGCUGUAGACUCAAUUAAUUCUUCUCACAAUGGUUGUGUGACGGUUCUUCAGACAGAUAAUUUACAGUCGGAAUCUAUUAACGAAUUGUGUUUAGAUGGCCAACCGAAUAAUGUCUUAAAAAUUGUAUUGCCUCUAGUCAGUGAAAAUGUGCCAUUAAAUAGUCAUCCAAUAGCAAUCGAACACAAUCAAUUCUCUCAAGAAGAAAGUUAUGUUGUUUCAAGCAAUAAUGAUGUUCAAUAUUCUCCAAAACAAUGUGUGGAUAUGCCAGUCUAUGUAAAUAAAUAUGUAAAUAAUAGAAAUCAUUCUUUACCUGAAGAUAGUGAACUAAAUCGAUUUAGUUCAACUUUUGAAGACAUAAAAACUCUACUUAAAGAUGGUCUAGUGGAUGGCCUUGAUGAAAUGCCGCCAGACUUUCAACCUCCACACCCACCACUGCUUUAUAAAGUUUCUUCAUUACCAAAUCUUCUAAGUUAUGAUAGUACAAAAAGCCAUCAUUCGUGUUCAUACUUAACUAUGUGUGGAACUAAACACGAAUUAUUUAUGAAUAAACUUUGCAAAAAUGUUGUUGCUAAACAUGACAUGUCUGUGCAAGUAUCAACCGAAUUAUUUAAACAUCAAAAUCAAAAAAUCUAUGUCGACACAAGCUGCCAAACAGAAGAUAUUUUUGUUAAUUGUCAAGUGAAUAAUGAAGUUUUGAUACAGGAAAUCUACCAAAAUGAUUGUCAUAAAAAUAGUAAUGUUUCUAAGAAAGAACCUGAAAUUAAUACCAACAAUGAAGAUGAAAUUAAGAGUAACAUAGAAGAAGACUGUAACAGUCUUGAUUAUACAAAUAUUAAUGUUUUUAAUAAAAAACAUGAACGUGGCACUACUGUAGAAAAAGAAUUAUCAGACAUUAGUUACACAAAUAGUAAUGUAUUUAAUAAAGAACUUCAAACUAAUACAAAAAUUGCGGAAAAUGACUGUACAGACAUUGGUUAUACAAAUAUUAAUGUUGUUAACUCAGAAUACAAAAUUAAAACUAAUGAAAAAGAGGACUGUGCAAGUUAUGGUUAUUCAGAAGUUAACACAUUUAACAAGACAAAUGAAGUUAAUGCCAAUGGAGAGGACUGUACCAGUAUUGGUUAUAUCAAUAUUAAUGUUUAUAAUAAAGAUAAUAUAAUAACUAAUAAUGAGAAUUGUUUUAAUAAUGUUAGUUAUACCAAAAUUUCAACUUUUAACAACAAGGCUUGUGAAGUCAAACACAAUGAAAAUUUUGUUAAUAUUGACUAUACAAAUAUGAAUGUAGUUGAGAAUGGAAAUGAAGUUAAUGCUAAUGAAGAAGACAAUUUAAAAGUUGAUUAUACCAGUAUUAACAUAUUCGAUAAAGGGCUUGAAGAAAAGACUAGUGGAGAGGACUGUGUUGACAUUGGUUAUACAAAUUUUAGUUUGUAUGACAAAGAGCUUAACAUUGAUUCUAAUGAUGAUUGUGGAAAUUAUGCAAAUGCUAACAUUUUAGAAGAAUUUGUGAAUGAACAAAUAAGCCUUAAUAAUAUUGAUGGAGAUUUUGAUUCAUUUUUAUUCGGACCAUUGCCCCCAUCGCCCAUUGAAGAAAUUGUUUCAGAGCUACCUAUAUUGAACGGCGUUGAAACAAAAAGAGAAAAUUCUGCUCCUGUACCUUUCGUAUUUGAUGUUUAUAAAAAUGAACCAAGUACUUCAAUAAUUAAAUCUCGAUCAAUAGACGCUGAAUUUUCUCAUAACUUUCAGCAACAUCAAAAAAUUGGAACACGAUCUGUGCAGUCUGAAAGAAGAACUUAUCCAUCUGAAGUACCUGUUUCUGAUGGAUACCCAAAACCUUUGAUGCUUAAAACCAGUAUUCAUCCGACUACCAUUGAAAAAUUAUCAGAUAUUUCGAGCUCAUUGCCUGAUACUCCACUAUUAGGAAGAUGUGAUUUUCCUCGUCAGUAUUCUGCCACUGGAACUAAAACAAUGACUCAAAUGUCAAAUAGUAGGAGUAUCAACAUGAGAGGUGCUGGUCAUGGCUCUAGCAUUGGUUUAGGUCAAGCAAUGGCUGGUGCAGAGUUGUUGCACCUGAAUGGACCUGGUAGGGGAUGGUACCCACGGCAACGACAAUUUCGUCCUGUGUCAGUAGAACAGCUUGACAAAUUGGCUAGCAAAAGCCCUGUGGGCCACUCACAAUGGGAUUCUCGGGAAGGCCAUAAACCUGUUACAUUACCCCCUAACCUUACACCAAAAUUCUUCCACAGGUCUCCUAGAGAAGCACUUCGACGUGUCACUAGUCUACUUAUUAGAAAGGGUAAUACUAACAAAAGUAAUAAAUCUAAAACUGUAUUCUCUUCUUCAGUCAUUGGGCCACACGGAGAUAUAAGUGAAGAAUGUGUGACCAGUCAAUCCAAACGUGGGUUUUUCAAAAGCUUAUGGAGAAAAUAAGACUUUUUAUAAUGUGCAAUCAAAUAAUGUGGCCAUAAAUCUUAAAUUAUUUAUUAUUUAAUUUAUCACAACGCUAUUUUCAAAUCUAUGUUUAUUGUUUUAAUCUUGUGUUUACUUUACUAACUUUUACUAUAUAAUUUUUAUAUGUUUUUUUUAUCUUUAAUGAAUUUUGACAUUAGUGAUAGAAUUUUUGACGAUAUAUAUAUGUAUAAUUUUUUUAACAUAACGUUUAAUCUUUUAUUGUUUUUUUUUUUUUWAAAUUAUUAUUAUCAUUGUAGAUUUUUUAGAUUGGAAUAAAUAAUUUAUACAAAUAUAUAACACCAUGGUGUUAUAUCAAUCACUUAAAUAAUUAGCUAUUAAAAAUUACUGGAAGUAUAUUAUGAUUUAAAUUAUUUUAAAUAGAACAUACUCUGUUUAGUGUUCUAAGAGUCAGUAUUAUUAGAUAUUGUUU